UGUAGCGCGCAUUCAUAUCGUGGCGAUGUGACAAGAAACGGCUGGUUGUCAUUUGAUGAACGCUCACUUUGUCGAUCAUCUUCACGCAAAUACCAUUUUGUAGACGAUGUAUAAUUAUAUUUGGCUGAUUUUCUUAUUACUGGUGUUAGUAAUAAGCGAUGUUUUACCAUUUAAGAAGAAAAAGUCAUCGACUUCAUUUCGCAGAAAGACAAGCAAGAAGUUUUGCGAUGAUUGUAAAGUGCUUCGAAAAGUGUAUAAUCAGACGGUGGAGCUUGGAAAUAGAGUGACGUUAAAAUGUAGUUUUCAAGGUAUUAAAUAUGCAAACAUCACGUGGUACUGGAACAAGAAAAGAUUAAAGAAACAAAAAAACAUUGCCAUUAGUAAAUUUGGUUCUCAUAUUGGUUCUCAUAUUGGUUCUAAGCUCCGCAUAAAGGAAAUGAAAAAAAACAAUGUUGGCUUGUACAGUUGUGUUGGUGUUGAUCCUAACGAUAAAUAUGCACUUAGUAGUGGAUAUAUAAAGAUAAAACAAGUGUAUCCAACAACAACAAAACGGAAUGGAAAAUGUGAAACUUAUCGUAAAUCAAUAUGUUCUCCUUAUAUUAAAAGCAAUACCAUUUUUGUGGAAAAUGACCCGAUGAAAAGUCAAGAUUUCAUUGAAAUGAAACUGAAGUUUGGCUUUGAGAAAAUGAAAGCAAACAUGACUGAAUCAUGCCAGAGCGUUGCACUUCCAUUAUGGUGUAAUUAUCAUUUUCCUGCUUGUAAUAUUGCCGAUUCAAAAACUCAACCAAAAUCGAUUUGUCGAAGUGAUUGUCAAACAAUACAGAAUCAAUAUUGUAAAGGUGAAUAUGAUCAAAGAAAGAGUUCUGAGGAUGAUUUAUUUCCUGAUUGUAACUUGUUGCCAAAUGACGUUGAAAAUCGUUCACAAAAGAACUGCAUCUCAAUAAAACAACACAUGGUUAUAGGUCCAACAAAAACAAGUGGUCAAUGUACAGUUUAUAAUGGCAACGUUUGUCCUACGAUGAAAGGAAAAGAAGUCUUUGUGAUGAGUGGUGUCACUAAUGUUGUCGUUAGUGUUAUAGAAAAUCAGAUCGAGAAAAUUUCUAAAACGCUUAAAGUAUCUCAGCAAUGUAGCCGUUAUAUACGACCUUUAUUAUGUCACCUUCGUCUACCAGAAUGUGAUAAAACUGCAUCUACUCCGAAGGCAAAGCCUAUAUGCAAAGAUGAAUGUUUAUCUCUAAAAAACUUUUGCCAGAAAGAAUAUGCCGAAGUGGGACAAUCUACGACAUCAGAUAUUUUUUUUGAUUGUUUCAAUGUGCCCAAGUUGACUGUUGCCAGCGGCAAAUGUUCGUCUAUUGGGAUUACUCAGUAUCCUGAUAUGACAAGAGUUCCAAAAAUCGGUAGAUGUCAGCCAUAUACACAGAAAAUCUGUAAAGAAUAUCUUGAUAAGAAAAAUAUUUUUGUGGAAACGGGACAAAUUGAAUCUAAUAUUGAAAAAAAACUGGAAAUUGCCCUUGCAACCAUGAAGAAAUCACAAAUUAGCUCAAAAUGUCAACCGUUUGUCUUGCCUGUAAUGUGUUAUCAUUUGUUCCCGUUUUGUGAAGCAAAUAGUAACAAUCAACCAAAACCACAACGUAUUUGUCGACAAGAUUGCAAACGUGUGGAACACGAGUUUUGUCCGAGAGAACAUCAGAUCGCAGAAGAUCAAAAAUUGAUGACUGCUCCUAUGUUGUUUCCAAAUUGCAAUACAUUAUCUAAAAUGAAAUGUACGUCAUUAAGGAAACUUUUCUUUGGAAAUAUUACAGAGCCUGCUGCUAUUCAUGGAGAUUGUUACUUAAAUAAAGGCGAGAAUUACAAAGGUUUUGCAAUAAUGACCGAGUCUGGUGCGCUUUGCAAACGACGAACAAAUACUCAGACAUUACAAUCUUCUAAUUAUUGCCGCAACUUCGAUUCAAAGAUGGAAAGACCUUGGUGUUACACUCAAGAUGGCGAUAUUCAAUUUUGUAACAUACCAAAAUGUGAGUUGAAAAAUACCUUACAAAAUGUAAGUGGAGAAGGUUAUCUUGGUAUAAAGAAUACAUCGAUAAGCGGAAAAAAGUGUUUACCUUGGAAUAAGCAUGCACCUGAACUUAAACUGGGCCACAAUUACUGUCGAAAUCCUCGGGGUCAAUAUCAUGAAGAAAAACCUUGGUGUUUCGUUAAUGAUCUUGAUAAAAAUGACCGGGAAUAUUGUAACAUUCCAUUGCAGAAGCGUACGAAACAAGAUAAUGAUAAUGAUGGAUCCGCUGGUGGUUUGUCAAAUCUUUUGUACACUGUCGUACCUUGUACAGUGUUUGGUAUCAUUGUUGCGAUAGUUUUUAUAGCUGUUUGUUGGCGGAAACAUAAACAAGGUCCUUAUACAAUCAAUAAAGAUGCACUUUUGACUGUUCCAGUGUUUUUACCAGAGCUGCGAAAUAUUCCUGGGGAGAAUAUUUUGUUAUCAAAAUUCAUUGGAAAUGGAAAAUUUGGCUCAAUCUACGCCGGUGAAAUAUGUUGCGAGGAUUCGAGUCGUAUAAGUAGGUUGGUUAAAGUCGCCCUUAACAAUUGUCGCGAAGAAUUCAUGAAUCAAGCGCAAAUCUGGUCGCAGUUUCAUCACCCAAAUCUUCUCACUAUAGACGCAAUUACUCCGGGUACUGAGCCCGUAACGUUAGUAUACGAGUCAGCAGCUCAUGGUAAUUUGUAUCAAUACUUGAUACACCACUCACCAAACAACCCUAACCUAACACAAGAUCACGUGUUAUUGGAUGAAGUAAUGCUAUUGGAUAUCUCACGUCAGAUUGCUGCAGGAAUGGCAUAUUUGUCAUCACAUGACUACGUUCAUGGCGAUCUUAUGACACGUAAUUGUCAAGUAGGUCAUUGCAACGUAAUCAAGAUCACCGAUUUUACGAUCGAUCGAGAUAUUUGUUAUUAUCGACGACCCAAUCAACGAGCGUUAGCUCUGGCUUGGAUGUCUCCUGAAUGUAUAGAGUCGGAAAAUUACACUAUAUACUCCGACGUUUGGGCGUUUGGUGUUUUACUUUGGGAAAUAUUUACUUACGGUUUUCAACCAUAUUUUGGUUUCUCUUUUGCUGAGGUAAAAGCAAAAAUUUUAAACAUGGUGUUACUGGAGCAACCUCGCGAUUGUGUCCCAGAGGUUUAUGAUCUUAUGAUGAGUUGUUGGAUUAGAAAACCAAAAAUGCGACCUCAUUUUGUACAUCUUCACAAAGAAUUAAAUGUUUUGUGCAAUGAACUUGUUGAAGUCGAGUCGUGCUUUGAUGAUACAACAAUAGAUACAUAGUAUAUAACAGAAUUUAUGCAUAAAAAAAACUUGUAAAUAUGUUAACUAGCACCGUAGCAAAUGAAUAUAAUAUUCGGAAGUAUUCGUAUUAAACUUCACAAUUAUUUUUCUAGUCAGCAUGUGUAGAUAAGUUCAAAGUAUUUUUAUUUUUGGCCAUAACUCGGUAACAUCACUGAUAACAUGAAAAAUAUCUUAAAGGAAGUAAACGCUUCUCCAUAGUAAA